AGGGUGAAGGUGAUGGUGGACAAAGUUAAGAGAGGUUUUGAUCUAGGGGGGAUGGUCGACGACUGUGUGACGACAGGGGUUGUCGUCUUGGGCGAGGGGGGAGGUGGGAUGACCAUAGUGGAGGUGGUGGUGGAUGAGGGCGGGGGCGUGGAUGACGGGCUGGCAAAGAGAGUGGUGGAGGUGGAGGUGGACGAGGAGGUAAUAGAGAUAGAUGUGGAGGAGGGAGGGGGAAGGGUGAUGGUGCCCGAAGUGGAGGAGGGGGUCGUGGUGGUGACGACCUGGAUGGUGGAGGAGGAGGUAAUAGAGGUAGAUGUCGAGGCGAAGGGUGGGGCAAGGGUGAUGGAGCCCAAAGUGGAGGAGGGGGCCGUGGUGGUGACGACCUGGAUGGUGGAGGAGGCCUGUUGUUGUUCAACGGUGGUUAUCCGGUUAGAAAGGCCGGAGAGGGACGCUUGGAGGGAGUCGAGGGUGACCUUCAUGGAGGUGAUGAGGGAGAAGAGGGUGGAAGAGUCAGCGACGGCCUCCUGGGCGUCAACCUGUUUGCCAGUGAGUUCGCGGCGGAGGCUAUCGACAGACUGUGUGUCCAGGGAGGUCAUGUUGAUGCUAGAUUCAACGGCCAUCACAAAGGAAACGGUCGGGGUAGUGGCGGUUGAUGGAGAAGCGGGUGGUGAUGAGGUGGAGGCGGCUGUAGUAGCGGUAGCAGCGGCGGCGCGCUGAGAGUUCUUGGUUUGGCGUGGCAUGCCCGGGGGGUUGAAGGCUUUUAUUUAGAAAAUGAAGAGGAUUUUGAAAG